GUAUUUGGAUGGAUUUGGCCGACAAAUUACAUUUCCGCAAUAUAAGACCGGGAGUAAUUAGAUGUUUAAUCAUCAAAUGCGGUACAUGAAAGUAAACCUCUGUCCAAAUCCAAAUAGUAGCUGCAAAAACUUUCAAUCAUUGUGUCAUUGUUAAUAAUCACUAAAGCGUAUCGUUUACCAUACCAGUAUGUAGGAUCAAUGAAUUGCCACUCGCAUCAUAAAUGAUAUACUACGCUGUAACGAUCUUCCUGGUUUGAAUAAAACAUUGUGGACAUAUGAAUUAUACAAAGUUUGUUAAGUUUAAAGCUGAAUAAUGGAGAUAAAGGCUCAAAACGUUCUUUUGAAAAUAGUAUUGUUCGUGUCCUUCGGAUUUUAUCUGUGCGGUGGUACCCAAUGUCACUCCAAUUGCACUGACUGUGACACCAUUGCGUCGUCUGGAUUAUGCCGUAAGUGCCAAGACGGCUUUUAUCCACAAGUGUCUAAUUGUCUUCCUUGUACUUAUCCAAAUUGCAGAACAUGUUCUAAUCCGUUAAAUUGUGACUCAUGCAAAGACGGGUUUUGGGGUGAAACCUGUAUUGCAACAUGUGCAGAAGGGUGUGUUGAUGGAACAUGCAAUACUUCUAAUGGUUUUUGUUCUUGUCUUAUGAACUUUUACGGAAAUAAAUGCGAUGGAAAUUGUUCAGACAAUUGCCUACCUUCUACUUGCUUUGGUGAUAAUGGUAAUUGUGUAUGUAUACAAGGAUAUUUUGGGGCAUCGUGUCGCUCACAAUGUGGCGAAUAUUGCGCCGAUUGUAAAAAUGUCACUUCAUGCUCAUUGUGUGAAACAGGAAAGUUCGGUAGUUUGUGUCAAUCCUUUUGUCAAUGCGGUGGCAAUGCAUGUGAUAUUGUGACCGGAAUGUGUCUCUCUUGUGAAACAGACUGUUUGUCUUGCAAUGAUAACGUGUGCUCUUCAUGCGUAAGCGGAAAAUAUGGCCGUCGAUGUGAGCAUACGUGCUCGACUACUUGCAAUGAUGGGUGUGACAUUCAAGGGAAUUGUCAGUCGUGUGUGUUAGGGUAUUAUGGCCAUCAAUGUGAAUUUGGAUGUAAUUGCAUGUUCGGCUGCGAUCGACUUCAAGGCCACUGUUUGAAUAAAGCUUGUCCAAUAAACUGUAAUGGUACCUGUGAUGAUUCAUCACAGACAUGCUAUUCAUGUAAUCGUGGUUAUCACGGACAAUUUUGCAACUUAACUUGCCCCGGUAAAUGUGCUGACUCACUUUGUUAUACAAAUGGUAGCUGCUUGUCCUGUGAAUUGGGAUAUUACGGUAACAGUUGCAACAUGGAAUGUAAACAGAUGUGUGAAAGUAAUAAAUGUCGUCAAAAUGAUGGAUUAUGCGAGGUCUGCCCUGCGAACUGUGUAUCAUGUGAGUCCAACGGCACUUGUACCCGUUGCAAAGAAUCGAAAUAUGGAGAAAUCUGCCAUUUAUCUUGCAACGACGAGUGUACAGAUAAAAUGUGCAAUAUCAAAGGUGUAUGUUUUCAAUUGUUCUUCGGUAUCUGCUUUUGGUAGUUACUGCAAUUUAACAUGCAAUUAUGAAUGUAAUUCGUCUUCUUGUGAUAGAACUACAGGUGCUUGUAAUAGCUGUAAAAAUAACUCGGUGUUUGGAAUGUUUUGUAAUGAAACAUGUAGUCCGUUUUGUCUUGGUAAAGAAUGUAAACGAGAGAAUGGCGUUUGCUUAAACGGAUGCAGAGAUGGUUACUUUGGAACUAAAUGUGAUCAGGAAUGUUCUCACGGAUGCCAAAAUGGUUCAGGAACAAUAUGUGAUCUAGAAGGUGCAUGUCUGGGCGGAUGCACUGAAGGAUUCGUUGGCAAAAGAUGCACAUCAGAAAAUAUAAAGAUAAAGACUGAACGAUUAAAUACAGAAACAAGAACAGAUGAGCUAUUGAGUACUUCAGCUACUUCAAAUACUUCAACUAUUCCUGCAAUUGUUGGAGGCAUAGGAGGUGUUGUUGUAACUGCUGCCAUUGUAGUGACGAUCCUUUUCUUGCUCAGAAAAAGGAAAACCCGAAAACCGGACGAGGAAUACACAGACGAUGGUGUUGGUAACGAAUAUCACACAAUCGGACCUGUUUCUGAUGAAACUCCUAAGUCGAAAACAUCACCAAGGACAUCAGGAUAUAGUCCUGCAAUGUAUGACACAGCUGCAGAUAUUGUAAGAAUCGCUGAAACUUUGGAAGCCCCAGAAGAGGAUGAACUUGAAAUAGAUUUGGACGAAGAGAGGAGAACACAGAAAAGGAAAGUUGCCAAGAAGGUUGAGGAGAACGUUUACUACAUCGGGAUACAGGAUAUCGAGAAACGGAAAGUGAAAGUGGAGGAACUGGCGGUUUUUGUGGCUGGAAAGACUCUAGCAUACUAUGAGGAGGAAUUUGAUAAAUUCUCCGACGGCCUCACAAGGAGCUGUGACGCUGCCAAACUACCUCUAAACAGGGCGAAGAACAGAUACAAGGGAUUAUAUGCAUAUGAUGAAACAAGGGUGAAAGUGACUGGUUUUGAUACGGAUUACAUCAAUGCUAACUACAUCGAUGGUUUCAGAGAGAGAAAUGCGUAUAUUGCGUCGCUUGGUCCAAUGUCAAAACAGAUGGAAGACUUUGGCAUGUUCUGGAAUAUGAUUUGGCAACAAAAGGUCGAGAAGAUCGUCAUGGUUACCAACUUGAUGGAGGAAGGGAAGGAGAAAUGCGAGCAGUACUGGCCUCGUGUUGGGACCACUAAAGACUACAGCGGGGUGAAGGUCACCUGUCAGAGCGAGGAUGAGUAUGCAGAGUUUACGAGAAGGUUGCUGCUCCUAAAUGAUGGCGAAUUUCAGAGGCAGCUGCACCACCUCCACUUCACGGCCUGGCCUGAUAGGGGAAUCCCAGAGGACGUCACAGCGCUGAUUGAGUUCCGACAUAAAGUGCUAAAUUCUACUGCUCAUCUCGACGGUCCAACGCUGGUUCAUUGCAGUGCGGGAAUCGGUCGUACAGGGACAUAUAUUGCGUUAGAUAUUCUAACAAAGGAAGGCAAUUCAAACAAGGCUGUUGAGAUUCCAGGAUGCAUCAUCAAUAUGAGACAGAACAGGCCAAACAUGGUCCAGACAGCGGAACAGUACGAGUUUCUACACCUUGCCCUGGUUCACACCCUGUCUUUUAACAGUGAGCAGAUAACAGAAAAACAGUUUCAGGACUACAUGAUCGGGACCAGCAAAGGCGAUCUUAUUAGGCAGUUUAAGAAUAUAACGGACACACCUCACGUUCAUACUGACGAUGAAAUCGUUGCUAAAGAACGAAACAAGUCUGAAAAAGGAAAGAAUAGAAUUGGGGCAGAUAUCCCAGGCUAUGAAUACCGCCCUCGACUUUAUCUGGGAAUAAGACAUGGUGAUUCAGAUUAUGUUAACGCGGUCUUUGUUCAUGCGUUUCGGGUGAAACGGAAGUACAUUGUCGCCCAGUCUCCGAUGCCAAAUACUGUACAGGAUUUCCUUACUUUGGCUUACAAAGAAAAUUGCUCAUGCAUUGUCAGCUUUGAGCAAAGUGACGGCAAAAAGGAUAUAGGUGAAUAUUAUCCAGCGGACAAUCAAGUGCUUAAGAAAGGUCAACUGUCUAUUUCAUGUGGGAAGGAAAAGGUCACGAAAGAGUACAGUAUCCAGAAAAGUGAAGGUGGAAAGAGCACAUUGCGACACUUUGAGUUUACAGACUGGAACCAGACUGGAAAUGUUCCAUGCAGCCCUGCUAAUUAUGUCGCAUUUCUGAGAGAUGUCAAAGUAGCAUCGUCCAACGGGCCUGUUCUUAUCCACUGCAGGGAUGGUGGUAAUAAGAGCGGGCUGUUCUGUGUUAUGGCAUUCCUCUUGGAGAAAAUGAUAGUAGAGCACGAGGUUAGUGUGGUAAAUGCCGUCAGGAGGGUCAAAGCCAGGAGACCCAACGCAGUGGCAAAUCAGGCACAGUUCGACUUCUGCCAUGAUUGUGUUCUAGAGUUCGUCCGUUCGUUCAAAACAUACUCCAAUUUCAGCGAAGUUAGAUAAAUUAAAUGUGGAUUGGAAAACAAUACUAAACUAUCUUGAUUAGUUAUCUUGUCGUCAAUUGUUCAUAUGUCUGUGUGUUUUUUUUAAAUUGCAUACUAUUGUGUAAAGUUCGUGGCACUUCAAUUUAAGCGGUUCCUACAAUAUAAAUAUUUCAAGUUCAAACAGCCAACACAAUUGUCUUGGCUAUAUUUAGAAUAUUUAAUUCCAACAGAUAUUUGGGGUCACCGCUCCCAGUAAGCCAACAGUUAUGCUUGAACUAAAAUUAUUUUUAUUAACUCGUUACCAACUGGGACAGCUAAAAUGGUAUCUACUCAAAAUUCUGAACAUACUGUUUCAAAUCUAGUUAUAUCUACACGUAUAUUAGCUACUACUACUACUACUGCUGCUACUACUACUAGUAGUAGUAUUGCUCAUAACUACCCAGGACGUUCACAGUGUCGAAUACGCCAAGGAUUGGUUCCGCACAAAUGACAGGCUCUGGUAUUGCAAUAAGUAAUGUAAAACCGCCUAUUAACUGCCGCUUUGUUUUGCUAUUUUCUAUUGAUAACAUUUGGCUUUGUGAUGCAUUUGCUUUGAAUGAGUGUUGUACGGAAUAAAAAACCUUAAUAUUGGUUGUGUAAGAUACUUGUUAAUGCAUCAGCAUGCGGACUGUUGUGGUAUGGAUUGUAUGAAACUAAUCGAAUUGACACAUUAUGUUAGUUCAACCGACCAACGUCAUAUUCUCUUUAUAUUGUAAUUAUACAACAAAUGAAAUAGAAAGGUUACCACUCGGUCAUGGGCUCCAAACGUAAAAACUUUAAACAACUUCAGCAAAUGAAUAAUAUA